ACGCGCAUGCUCCUAGCACCUUAUCUGCAAUGGUGUGCAUCGUUUUCGUGCUUGCUCUUGUGGGAAGUUGUGGAGCUUCGUUGUGUCAUGUCGGCGGCUUCUAAGGCAGCCCUGGGGGUUUCUGUCCUUCUCUCGGGCGGAGCCAUUAUUGGUGUCCACAUCCAACAGAGACGUCUCAGAGAGAAGUUACAUGAAGGCGUGUACAGAGAUCUUGAGAGACAGAAAUACAAGGAACAUUUUAAUAUUUUAGAUAAACAUACUACUUUGGCCAUACAACUUGAAACAGAAAAUAGCAAAAUGCUAAUGGCAAGAAAAUCCUAAGCGUGAAAAGAAUUAUCAUUAUAA